UGUCAUUUUAAUCAGUGCCUUAGUAACUUUAGACGUAAUCUCUUUAGUUGUAGCAUUAGUCGUUAUUUUAAAUAUUUAUUUGAAAAUCCUAAAUUAAAAAUAGAAGGCAAAUAGUUUUAAAAUUAUAGAAAAAAAUAAUAGAAUCUUUUAUAAAUAAUAACUAAUAAUUUAAGUAAAUUAUCAAAUUUCCGGUGAUUUCUGUGAAUAAAAGAAGUCGUUAUUUGAAACAAACAGGUGUUCGAAAAAUCUAGUCUCAUAUAAAUCUAUAUUCUCAUUAAAAUUUAAGUUUUUUAUUUAUAAAUUUAAAUUUAACAAUUAUUGUAAAAAGUCCAUCAAUCGAGAUGGAUGGAAGAAAAACGACCACAAAUCCAAAUCCAAGAGAAAAAGCUUCUUGUAUAUCAGUUUUAUUAUGGUGGUGGACUGUACGUCUAUUCAAAACGGGAUAUACAAAAAUAUUAGGAACAGAAGAUUUAUUUGAUCCAUUGAAAGAAGACAAAUCAUCUUUUCUUGGCGAUAGAUUAGAAAAAUCUUGGAACAAAGAAGUGAAAAUUACAAACAAUCGUAAAGAAAAAAUAAGUUUACUAAAAGUAAUUUCUCGGACUUUCGUGUGGGAAUAUUUUCUCCUUGGAAUACUUCAGAUAUUUAAUGAAUUAAUAUUAAGAUUGGGAACACCUAUACUUUUGAGUGGUUUUUUGCAGUAUUUUAGACCAAAAACCGAAGUACCUUACCAAACAGCACUUUUGUUUGCUGGAGGAAUAUGUCUUUUUUCAUGUUUAACUGUGAUCAGCUUAAAUCAAUCCAUUUAUGGAUCUUUUCACGUGGGAGGCAGAAUACGUGUUGCAGUAUGUUCACUUGUUUACAGAAAGGCCUUGAAACUUAGUAAGACUGCCCUGGGAGAAACGGCUCCAGGAAAAAUAGUUAAUUUAGUGGCAAACGAUGUCAACAGGUUUGAUCUCGUGUCAGUACUUAUCCAUUAUAUGUGGUCAGCUCCUCUUUCAGCUUUAAUUAUCGCAUAUUUAUUAUACUCUGAAGCUGGAUAUGCUGGACUUAUUGGAAUUGCUGUUGUUUUCGUCGUCGUUCCAAUUCAAUCGUUCACAGGAAAACUGUCGUCGAUUUAUAGAUCGCAAACUGCAAUCAAAACAGACGAGAGAGUGCGACUUAUGGACGAAAUAAUCUCAGGAGUUCAAGUGAUAAAAAUGUACGCUUGGGAAAAACCGUUUUGCGCUUUAGUGGCAAAUGCUCGCAAGCAGGAAUUGAAGAUAGUCACAAAAAGCUCUUACAUACGGGGAAUUUAUAUGACUUUCAAUAUAUUAACAUCAAAACUGGCACUAUUCGCAACUUUACUGACAAUGAUGUUGUAUAAGGAACCAUUAACAGCCGACAGAGUCUUUGUCUUCGCGUCAUAUUAUUCUGUUCUUUCGAACACAAUGUCCAGUAUGUUCGUUCGAGGCAUUGCGGAAAUUGCUGAAUGUCUAGUGGCUGUUCGAAGAUUGCAAUAUUUUUUAUUGUAUGAAGAGUAUCAAGAAGUAAAUCCUCAUUUGCAUCGGUCUUGCAAUGUCAAAGGGACAAGUAAAAUGAAUAACAAGGAAAAUUUUAUUAAAAUAGAUAUUCCUUUCAUUGAUGAGGAUCUUUCUGAGGACUUGAAAAAUAAGAAAAAUGGAUUCGUAGGGCGAGCUAGUGAUUUUUUGAAAAACACGAACAUUGAAGAUGUAAUGGAUGAACCGUCAGAGACUUGGGCCGUCAAACUGGACAACGUAACAGCAAAAUGGGAGCCUGGACAAUCAGAAAAUACCCUGGAGAAGGUUAACCUGGAAAUAGAGACCGGAAAACUGUACAUGGUCAUCGGAAUGGUGGGAGCCGGCAAGAGUUCCCUGCUCUCUGCAAUUCUCAAAGAAAUCGCACUCACGGAGGGAAGCAUCAGAGUCAAGGGAGGCUUGAGUUACGCAGGUCAGGAAUCCUGGGUCUUCGGGUCGUCCGUGAGGCAAAAUAUUCUCUUCGGCCAGCCCUACGACAGACAGCGGUACCAGAGAGUCGUCAAGGCGUGCGCCCUCCUCAGGGACUUCAAGCAGUUUCCCCAAGGGGACCAAACCAUCGUCGGAGACAGAGGCAGCUCCCUGUCCGGGGGUCAGAAGGCCAGGAUAAAUCUGGCGAGGGCCGUCUACAGGCAGGCCGACAUCUACCUGUUCGACGAUCCUCUCAGCGCGGUGGACGCGCACGUGGGGAAGCACUUGUUCGAAGAGUGCAUGAAGCACUAUUUGUCCGGAAAGACUCGAAUUCUGGCGACUCAUCAGCUUCAGUACAUCAAAGGAGUCGACGCGAUUAUUCUUCUCGAUCAGGGCAAGAUGCAAUUCUACAAGAAUUAUCAGCAGCUCCUCCAAAGUCAUCCUGAGUACAUGCCGCUCAUUGCUGCGGAAACCAAUCCUGAAAAUCUCGAAGAUUCAUUCACGGAAAGAAAUAUCUUGCGAAGACAAUUUUCUACUUCGAGCUGUAGAAGCAAAUCAGCAGAUGGUGGUGGCGAUACGGAUGCUGAAGAUGAGGAUGAACCCAAAACUGUAGAUGAAUUAGUUGAGGGAACUUCAAAAGGAACUGUCAAGGGUUCACUAUUCUUGAACUACUUUAGAUCUGGAGCUAAUUUAUUCUUUGCUUUUCUCGUACUUCUUUUGUUUAUCCUAACUCAGUUGGCUGCCAGUUUGAAUGACCUUUAUAUUCCUGUUCUGAUAACAGCAGAAGAAGCAAAAGUAUACAAAAUGUCAAAUAUAACAAUAAAUCGGAAGGACGACGGAAUCUUUAAAGCUCAACCAUGGUCGCAAAAAGUUUACAUUUACGUGUACAUUGGAAUAGUGUCAUCGAUAUUUGUCAUUGGUUUCACAAGAUCAUAUGCUUUUUAUAGAUUGUGUAUGAGAGCAAGUCAACGAUUACACGACAUGGUAUUUAGUGCUCUGAUUAGAACAGGAAUGCGAUUUUUUGACACAAAUCCAAGCGGACGAAUUCUUAACAGAUUUUCAAAGGACUUAGGAGGUAUUGACGAAUUACUGCCAAAGAGCCUCUUGGACGCUGGACAAGUAACCAUGUUGGUCAUGGGAAGUCUGAUUGUCACUUGUAUCGUCAACUAUUACUAUAUCAUUCCAAUUAUCCUAUUUGGUACCAUGUUUUAUUGGAUUCGAAAAGUUUAUCUCAAGACAAGUAAAAAUAUAAAACGACUGGAGGGAAUAACUCGUUCGCCGAUUUUCACUCAUCUCAACACAACUCUGAAUGGAUUGACAACGAUUAGAGCUUUUGGUGCUGAAGAAGUACUAAAAGAUGAAUUUGACAAAUUUCAAGAUUUCCACACCUCGUCCUGGUUUAUAUUUAUUACAACAAGUUCAGCAUUUGGAUUUUCAUUGGACGUUUUUAGUUUUAUUUUCACGACUCUGGUGACUUUUAGUUUUCUCAUUAGCAGUGAUCCGUCUUCUGAGAAUGGAGGAAAAGUUGGUCUGGCUAUAACUCAAGUGAUGUCAAUGUUGGGAUUGAUUCAAUGGGGAAUGCGUCAGAGUGCAGAAGUAGCGAAUCAAUUGAUGUCGGUUGAAAGAGUUUUAGAAUAUGUUGAACUUCCUCCAGAGCCUAAUUUACGAGACAAAGGAGUAAUUUCCAAAAAGAAAAUGAAACAAACUCCACCUGACUCUUUUGUUACGCCUCCUUCAAAUUGGCCAAAUAUGGGCAACAUUGCAUUCAAAAAUAUGUACUUGAGAUAUUCUGAUGAUGAUCCUCCAGUUUUGAAAGGCCUCAAUCUCGUCAUUCAUCCUUCUGAAAAGGUUGGAAUAGUUGGCAGAACUGGCGCUGGGAAAUCGUCUCUCAUAGCCGCUCUUUUCCGUCUCGCGAAAAUCGACGGAGUCAUUGAAAUCGACAAUAUAGACACGGGAACCGUUUGUUUGGAAGAUCUUCGCCAACAAAUUUCCAUCAUUCCACAAGAUCCGGUUCUAUUUUCAGGAACUAUCAGGAGAAAUCUAGAUCCUUUCGAGGAAUUUUCUGAUAUUGUAUUGUGGGACGUUCUGGGAGAGGUGGAACUGAAAGAAGCGAUCGCGGCCGUUAACGGAUUGGACAGUCGAGUGUCCGACAGAGGAAGCAAUUUCAGCGUUGGACAACGUCAACUGAUUUGCCUCGCGAGAGCAAUUCUAAGGAACAAUCGUAUUCUAAUGCUGGACGAAGCCACAGCGAACGUGGAUCCUCAGACGGAUGCUCUGAUUCAAAGAACCAUAAGGACUAAAUUCGCUUCUUGCACUGUACUCACAGUUGCUCAUCGAUUAAAUACGAUCAUGGACAGUGAUAAAGUUUUAGUCAUGGACUUAGGGCAGAUGGCGGAAUUCGAUCAUCCGCAUAUUCUUCUGCAAAACCAAUUUGGACAAUUUACCUCAUUAGUUAAAGAAACAGGUCGAGCUAUGUUCGAUCAGCUAUCUCAAGUUGCAGAAAAAGCAUACUUGGAAAAACACAAGCAACCAGGAAAUUCUUUUUAGUACUGCCUUGCUAAAAUUUUUUUUAUUAAUAGUCACAGAGAGUAUUAUUAUAUAUAAUUUUUUCUGUUUUAAAAAAACUUCGUAUUUAAAAGAAAUCUCUUAUUUCAACGUUUAUUAAAUAUUCUAUUCGCAAAUUUCGUAUGCAAUCAUUUUUUAACACGGCCGGAUCGUGAAUGAAAAUACUGAAAUGAAUUGUAAAUAUUUAUACUUAAGAAAGUGCUUACGGACCAUUAAAACUUAAGUAGGUUAUUUCUAAAGUGAGAAUAAUUUUUCAGCCAAAGAAAAUUCAAGACUAAAAGUUUUUUACUAUUUUAACAAUUACCCGAUUUUCAUCUAUUUAUUAAUUUGUAAAAAUAUAACAAAUAGAAACUUUUUUUACUAGCUAAGUAUUGUAAAUCUGUAUAUAUAUAUAUAUAUAUAGAUUUGGAUAAAUUUAUUUUUUAUAGGUAAAUUUUGAAAAAUGUAGGACAGCCAAAGUAUUUUGCAAUAAUACAAAUUGUUCUCUUCAGUAAAUUUGUUUUUGUCAAAUCAAAGUAUUAUUCUGAUGUAUUAUAAAUUUAUACUGUACUUUUAACUCAGGGAUUAUUUCUAAAAACUGUCCUAAAAACUGCAUUUAUCUCAAGUGAAUCGAUAUUUUUAAUAAAGAAUUGAAAUAUUUUAAAAA